UCACAAACAAAAUAGCUAAAUUACUACAUAUCAAACCUGACGGAGAAGAUUGUCUAAUGAUUUAUACAUUUGGAUCAGAGAAGCCUAGAGAAAUGCUUUGCCCAUAUGCAACCAUUACUAUAGUAAGUAAACGUAAUGUUGAAAGAAUGAUUAGAGUGAAUAUAGUCCCAUACAUCACUACAAAGGUACCAAUGGCUAUGAUAGAGUCACCGAUAAUAGACAUCUUGGCUGACGAUACUUCUACUGGUGAAGGCAUUGAUUUAUUGAUUGGAAAUGACUUAUACUUUUCAUUCAUCAGAAAGAGUGUUGACUUGGGGAAUAACACCUUUCUAGUAGAUUCUGAUUUUGGCUGGUUUCUCGCAGGAAGUGCUACCAACAACACGGAAGGGGACAUUCUAUCUGUGGCUACGUAUUGCCAGUGCCAUGAUAUUAAUCAAGACCAUUUUACAGAACCAGAUCUUCCCCUGCGUACCAUAGACGUCAAAUUCUUAUGGUCACUUGAGAGCAUCGGGAUAUGUGAUUCUCCAAAAACUACAUGUGAGGAAGAAGCUGUUCAGCACUUCAACAAGACUGUCAAAUACAGUGAAGGAAGGUACCAGGUCAAGUGGCCAUGGAUAGAGUAUCCACCAAAAUUGCCUACCAAUUUCGGACUUGCCUUUGGUAGAUUAAAGGGUGUAUUGCGAAGAUCAAAUAAAGAAGAUAAAACAGAAUAUGAGAAAAUCUUAAAGGAACAGUUGGAAGCUAACAUAAUAGAAAUUGUGGAUCCUUCCACUCAAGUCGACCAUCCUGUUCACUAUCUACCUUUUCAUAUGGUUCAACAGAAAGGAAAAAGGGGCAGACUGGUCUAUGAUGCUUCAGCUAAGCUAAAAAACGAGAAAAGCUUGAAUGAGUGCCUGUACAGGGGCCCAAACAUGCUGGAAGACUUGACAGGAUUGCUGCUGAAAUUUAGGAUUGGGAAGAUUGCUGUCACUGCAGAUGUUGAAAAAGCAUUUCUUCAAGUUGGUCUACAGAAAGAGGACAGAGACGUGACCAGGUUUCUCUGGAUCAAAGAUUUGGACAAAGAACUGGCUGAAGACAACAUCGUUCAAUACAGAUUCUGCAGAGUCCCUUUCGGGGUAAUAUCAAGCCCUUUCCUCUUAGCAGCAACAAUUCGAUACCACAUUUCAAGGACUAACAAGAGUCUGCUUCCAGUGAUAGCGGAUAAAUGUUAUGUAGACAAUUUGGUGACUUCGGUUCAGUCAAGAGAAGACGCUCUCAAAUUGUAUGCUCAAACUAGAAACUCAUUCAAUGAAUUAGGAAUGAACAUACGAGAUUGGAUGUCGAACGACAAAGAGUUCAUGGACAAGAUUCCCAAGCAAGAGAGAGCUAAACCAGAGAGUGAAAUGAAAAUCCUCGGGUUGGUAUGGAAUUUGAAAAAUGACACUUUACGUCUCAAUCUGAAUAACGAUACCUUUGAAAGUGAGACUGUAGACAGGGGCAUUACAAAGAAAGGAGUCUUGAGAAUGCUAGCGCGUCUGUAUGACCCAUGUGGAUUCGUAUCCCCACUCGUGCUACCGGGAAAACUCUUGUUCCAGGAGAUCUGUACUAGGAAGUUCAAAUGGGAUGAGACUCUGCCUGAAGACUUGUUGACAUCAUGGAGGAACAUAAUUAAAGAUUUAAAAGCUGUUAACGAAGUAGAACUGCCCCGACAUGUUACAAGUGGAGUAAAGCCGGGUUGUACUAAGUACGAACUACAUUGCUUCACUGACGCGUCAAUGAAUGCAUAUGCAGCAGUCGUCUACUUGCGUGUCAUAACUGAAGAGCAUGUAUCAACUUCGUUUCUUAUGUCUAAGUGCAGAAUAACCCCGGCAGAAGACAAGAGCGAUCUCAAAAUUCCUAGACUUGAAUUGCUAGGGUGUCUGAUAGGAAGUAGACUUCUGAAGUAUGUCAAAAGCCACCUAGACCUAAAUAUAUGCAAGAUAUAUUUGUGGACGGAUAGUCAAGUUGUCCUAGCUUGGAUCGAAUCAAGUAGGCUGCUUCCACCAUUUGUAUUGAGACGAGUCAAUGAGAUCAAGCAAAUUAAGGAUAUGUUAGGAGUAGAGCAGCGCUAUGUUAACUCAAAACAAAACCCUGCAGAUAUAGCUACUAGGCCAGAACUGUGGCAUCAAAAACGGGAUCUAUGGCUCCAUGGUCCAGAUUUUCUUCUACAAGACCAAAACAAUUGGCCAAAGCAGCAGAAGAACGAAGAAUUGUGCUUGGUUGGGAGGGCUCUGGACAUGGUGGACGGUCCAGAGAUGACAAUGAGAGGAUAUGAAGACCAAGAUAAUGAACUUGACUUUUCUGAAUUGGAAGAAAAUUCUGCACCCACUACACUUCAUGAAAGUUUGGAUUCUUUGCAAGACCUCUCAGAAAAAGAGUCAGUGUCCGAAAUAAAGAAGUUGCAAGGAAAAUACUUUUCAGAAGAAGUUUCAGGAAAGGUCACUAGUUUGUCACGAAACUUAGGUCUCUUUAGAGAUGAAGAUGGGAUCUUGAGAUGCAAAGGAAGAAAUCACCCUUCACAACCGAGAUAAUACUGAAGACGCAUAGAGAUAACUACCAUGUUGGUGUACCGCACACGCUAAGCAUAUUACGCGAGAAGUAUUGGAUCCCUCAUGGGCGAGCCCAAGUACAGAAAACCCUAAAGAUGUGUUCACAG